AUGGAGGAAAGUGCAACGGACCUCGGUGCUUUGGACAGCAUGGACCCUUCGGCGGAGGCGCCGACGCCCAUCACGCAGCUCUUUGGGGGCGUGUUUGGGAUUGCAUUUGCGCUCAUGCGCAUGACGAAAUGGGUGCUUACCUUUUGUUCCAUCACCGUGCCAAGUGCAGUGUACCACGUCCUGCACUACAGCCUCACGUUUCAGCUCUCGUUUCCUUUCUUGGUCUUUUGCGUGGUGCUGGUCAUUGCGUGCAUUGUGGUUUACCUGCGGUAUGGAUACUGGAAUCGGUACGAGCGCCUGCGCGAAGAGCCGAUCCGCAAGAACGAAAGCGCCUAUCUGCACCCCGACGUCGCUACCGGCUCCACGGACGACGACCGCGGGAGCUUUCACGGAUACCUCGACGAAUUCUUGCAGGCGAUCCGUAUCUUUGGUUUCCUGGAACGGCCCGUGUUCCACGAGCUCACACGCCACCUGCAGACGCGCCGCCUCGUCGCAGGCGAUGUCCUUUCGCUCGAUGACGACUACUCGUUCUACAUCGUAGUCGACGGCCACGUCCAGGUGUUUGCCCCGUCCGGCGGGCGGGGACGCACGACUGUUCCGGGAACCGAUGCACAGCACGAGUACCAGCUCAUCAACGAGGUCGAGAGCGGCGGAACGCUCAGCUCCCUCUUUACAAUUUUGCGCCUCUUUACGGAAAAUGUGCGCCUGGGCUUUAACUACGACUCCCAAGACGAAACGCAGGCCGCCGACGAUGUGUCAGACGUGCCGCCGCUGCGCGCGCAGUCAGACCUGCCGCGCUCGGCCCUGUCGAAUCUCCGCAUGCCCCGUGCGAGUCCUUCGACGGUGCUGGGCCGCAGCCGCAGCGUGUCGUCCUCGAGCAAUGUCGCAUCGCCGCGCUUUAUGCCGAUGGAGUCGAGCGAUUCGGCUAUCCAAGAGCACGGGCCCAUUCCCAUCUCGCCGCUCCUGGGCGCAAGCAGCCCGUCGGUGGGCUCAAGCGUCGCCGCGCACGGCAGCUCGUACGGAUCGCCCCCCCGUCGCCGCCGCACGGAAGAUGUGCACCGCCCCAGCACAAUGGCGCGUGCGACCGUCGACACGACGCUUGCGGUGCUGCCUGCCGAGGCAUUCCGGCGCCUGACGGCCAAGUUUCCCAGCGCCGCUGCGCACAUUGUACAAGUGAUUCUGACGCGGCUCGCGCGUGUCACCUUCCACACCGCGCACCAAUACCUCGGCCUGACGCGCGAAGUGAUGCAGACCGAGGAGUCAAUCAACGAGUACGCCAAGGUCUUUCUGCCUCCGGCCUUUUACGAAAAGUCGGCCGUCGAGCAUUUGUGGCGCAAGUUUCCGCCGCCCAAAGGGCCAGGCGAGCUGCGGCGCGAGCCCUCGAGUCCUACCGAUGGCGAUUCGCGCCUAGGCACCUCGCCCAAGUCGCGUGUCGUGCCGAGCCGCAGCGACGAGAAUCUGCAGUCGCCCCGCACGCUGUCGCACCAGGCCGUGGCACCGGGCGACCUGCUGAGCAUGGUCGAGUCGACGAUGGAUGACCUGCCGAUCGAUCCUGCGUCGCACACCAACUCGCGCAAAGCCUCUGGCGUGCGCCCUCCAGACGACAGCCGCGAUGAGCCGCUCGAUCUGCGUGGCGAGGUGAUGAACUGCAUCGCCAACAGCAUCGGCCUCACGCAGGCCGUGAUCCAGGACGUGCCGAGCGUGCUCGCAAGUCCGCACCUUUCGUCCCAGGACGGGGGAAUGGGACGCGGUGCGUACGCUGGCGCAUUCUCGGGCCUAUCGAAGCUCGAUGCGUCGACCAUGACCAGCGAGGACAGCGAGAGUGCGUCGAUCGCCACCUCGACACACGUUGUGCACGCACCAAUCGACCGCGCAGACAACGGCGUAGAGAUCAAGCAUUACCCCGCUGGAUCGCUACUUGCGCGUGCCGGCGAGCUGAAUGCCGGUCUCUUUUACGUGAUUGACGGUUUCCUGGACAUUAUGCUCCCGCUGGACGAGAGCAGUGCGCCGUCGGAGCCGCGAGAACGCGGCCGCCCCGAAUCACCUGAAGUGUCGCGCGCACCGGAGCCGGGUAUGCCGAUGCCCGAGCCGUCGCGCGUCGGCAAUGCGCUCGACGGUACGCUGCCGAACGUCGCGUUUACACCGGGCACGGCGCGCGCUUCGGUAGAGGACGCGUUCAAGCGUUCCAAACAGCAAGAGGCGGACGCGGAGCGCUUCCUCUUUAGCGUCGGCCGCGGCGGCAUUGCGGGGUACUUGUCGAGUCUGCUGGGUGUGCCGAGUUACGUUGACAUUGUGGCCAAGACAGACGUGUAUGUCGGCCAGCUCCCCGUGCGUGCGCUCGAACGCUUGGUGGAAAAGCGCAGCAAUGCGCUGCUCACCCUGUCCAAGCGCCUGCUCAGUCUGCUUCCGCCGCUGAUUCUCCAUAUUGACGCGGCGCUCGACUGGCAGCAGGUGGAUGCCGGGCAGGUCAUCUUCCGCGAGGGCGACGUGAGCGACAGUUUCUACAUGGUGAUCAACGGGCGUCUGCGUGCGAUUACCCAGGCACGCGGCUCCGAAUCGGUGGAAAUUGUCGCCGAGUACAGCCAAGGCGACUCGGUUGGCGAGCUAGACAUGAUCACCAAGAGCCCACGGACCAAGACGCUGCACUCGAUCCGUGACUCGGAACUGGCGCGCAUGCCCAUCACGCUCUUCAAUGCAAUCUCGUUGUGGCACCCUCCGAUCACGAUCCAGAUCUCGCGCAUCAUUGCACGUCGCAUGCGCAGAGAGAUGAACAUGCACCAGCGUUCGGCACUGCUCUCGUCGCCCUCGCACAUUACCGGUGUGAACGAUGCGGGCCGGGGUACGCUCAACUUUAAGACGGUUGCGCUGCUCCCCACGACGCAGCAAAUUCCCAUUCUGGAGUUUGCACGCCGCCUGCGCGAGGCGUUUGGCGAGACGAUCAGCGACUCGACCGUCUUUUUGAACCAGAGCAGCGUGAUGCGGGCGCUCGGCCGCCACGCCUUUUCGCGCAUGGGCAAGCUCAAACUUGCCGGGUGGCUCGCGAACCAGGAGCAGCACCACCGCCUCGUGGUGUACGUUGUCGACACGUCGGUCGGCUCGUCGUGGGCGCAGACGAGCAUUCGCCAAGCCGACUGUAUUCUGCUUGUCGGCUUUGGCGAUGACGCGCGUGUCGGUGAGUUUGAGCGGCUCUUGCUGAGCAUCAAGACGACGGCACGCAAAGAGCUUGUACUCCUGCACGCCGAGCGCAGCGUUGUGCCCGGCUCCACGCGUGAGUGGCUCAAAGCACGCCCAUGGAUUUCGGCGCACCACCACGUCGAGAUGUCUGGCCUGAAGCGGCCGACGGCCGCCCCCCACGUCUCCCCGGUGAUGGAUCCACGCCCUGUCCAAGCGCUUCGUACGCUGAAGCAGCGUCUCGAGACGCGUAUCGGCCGCGUCAAGACACGCACGCCGACCGACCAGACGCGCCCGCCCCACUUUUCCGACUUUGCGCGCCUCGCCCGUCGGCUGUGCGGCACGAGCAUCGGCCUGGUGCUGGGCGGCGGUGGUGCGCGCGGCUGCGCGCACAUUGGUGUGCUGCGUGCGCUCGAAGAGAAUGGCAUUCCGAUCGACAUGGUCGGUGGCACGAGUAUCGGCGCGCUGGUCGGCGGCCUGUACGCCCGUGACGGCGCGGCGGUCUCGAGCCACGGACGUGCGAAGCGCUUUGCUGGGCGCAUGGCGAGUCUGUGGCGCUUUGUGACCGAUGUGACCUACCCCCUUGUCUCGUAUACCACCGGCCACGAGUUCAACCGUGGCAUCUUCAAGUGCUUUGCGGACACGCACAUCGAGGACAUGUGGCUGCCGUUCUUCUGCAACACGACCAACAUCACCUGGAGCCGCAUGGAGGUGCAUUCGAGUGGCUAUGCGUGGCGGUACAUCCGCGGGAGCAUGACGCUCGCCGGCCUCAUCCCCCCCCUGAUCGACGAGGGCAACAUGCUUGUCGAUGGUGGUUACACGGACAACCUCCCCGUGUCGAUCAUGAUGGCGCUCGGCUCGCGCAGCGUGUUUGCGAUCGAUGUGGGUAGCAUCGACGAUACCUCGCCGCAGCACUUUGGCGAUACCCUCUCUGGCUGGUGGGUGCUGCUGAACCGCUUCAACCCGUGGAGCAGCAUGCGCAACAUCCCCUCGAUUCCCGAUAUCCAGACGCGGCUGACGUACACCACGUCGGUCAAGACGCUCGAGGAGGCCAAGAAGCUCGACUCGUGCCUGUACCUGCGCAUGCCCGUGACGCAGUACGGCACGCUCGAGUUUGGCAAGUACUCCGAGAUCCUACAAGUCGGCUACGAUUCGAUGGUCGACGCCAUCCAAAAGUGGGACCGGGAAGGGCGGCUGCCGACCGGCGUCGAGGCCGGUCUCAACGUCCCGCCGCAGCACCGCAAGCGCCGUCGCGGCGUGUCGGCCCGCCGAAACAGUAUCUAG